AUUCACUUCUUCCUAGCCGCCAUAUUCGUCAUUAUUUUGAAGGUUGUAUCGAAAAUGGCUCUAGAGUGAUCGCUUGGACUUCGCAACGCUAACCCCGCUACACGCCAAUUGGCGAAUAAGUAAUCAUGAUAACAAAAAUGUGCUCAAAAUGGAUCCCUCUUCCCACAUCUCUAAAACCUCUCAAUGGAUUAUUCAACCAACCAAUAUUCAAAACUGGAGACCAGCACUCCUACUUGGAGAGCUGGCUUCAUUUCUUCCCCAAGCUCUGCAACCACAGAUGCUUGUCUCACUAAGUCCAGAUGCUCAGAUUUUUUGGUCAGUGAUGAUUCCGAUAGUUGUCCAGACUUUCUAUCGGAUUUAUCAGCAGGCCAGAGCCCAGAAUUGGGUAGCAUUUGCAAUUUUUCACUCUCUGAUUUCAUCCCAGACGAUAUUGUUGAGUUUGUCGCAGAUUAUUCUGUUCGUCAUGCUGAAACUGAUUUUGACUUGACUAGUAACAAUGUCGCGGACUACGCAGCUAGUAUACCACAAGCCUCUGAUUCUUCUUCAUCGGUCCUCAGUUAUGCAGAAUUCAGUCUCAGCCCGGAUUCGAAACCUAUCUUUCCUGAUGUUAAACGCAGUACACAUUCAAAACGACGUCGCGAAGUUAAUCGUGAAGCAUCUAGACGCUACAGACAGAAGUUGAAGCAGAAAUGUUUGCAGACGCAGUCAGAUCUUGCUGAAGUUAUAUCUGCUUACAAACGAUCUAAAUUAGCAUACGAAAAGGCUGAGCAUGCUUUUGAUGUUUUGAAAAAUAUUGUACUUGAUUUAGUUAGUUUGACUCCUUAAAACGAAACACUGUCUUAUUUAUUUUAUAUAUUCUUAUUCUCUCAUUUUGCAUCCCCAAUUCUGCGACUCGAGUUUGCUUUUUCACUGUCCAAUUAUAUACUGAGCAUUGUUUUUUAAAAAUUGAGUUUUUGCAUUUUUCGGGCUAGAUUUAGUGGUGUCGGAUUUAUUGUUUUCAUACGAGUG